GGUGCUUUGUGCGCUCGGGUGUGGUCAUUACGUCUCCUUUAGUUCACAGAGCAAAAUGGCGUCGAGCGAGCAAGGAACCACUCACACUAGAACGAUACAAAAACGCGCCAAGAAAACGCAAGACCAAGCCUGCCAAUUCGAUGCCUCGCUGCUAGAAGAGGAAACUGCCACGUGCGAAGCUUGCAGUCAAAUUUCAUGCUCAAGAGAUGCCUUACAGAAUUGUUAUUCACAACCUCAUGUUAUCCAGCUUGACCCUGAUGGCCAUGUGCAAAGAACCACUGUCAUCAGAGUGGUCCCAGCAGAUGAUGAAGACUACAAGGCACAUCUGUUAGAAUUCGGUCAAGCUCAGUCUGAGUCACCUACUCGAUAUGGAGGAAGCCGAUGCAAUGGUGCAGAAAGUCCGACAACUGUUAUUGUAUCCCCUGGGGACCAUAUAAAAGAAGAGUACAUGUUACCUCACGAGGAUCCCUACCAACCUGCACUAUCACCACACAUGCUUUCUGACGAUGGUGAUAGUCCCACAAUGGUUAAAGAUGCUCGACGGUCCUCAGAAUUGAAGUCUGAUGGCAUGAAAAGAAGGAGAAUCCAUAAGUGCGACUAUGAAGGCUGUACUAAGGUCUACACAAAGAGCUCGCACCUCAAAGCACACAGAAGAACACAUACCGGAGAAAAGCCAUACAAGUGCUCAUGGGAGGGGUGCAGUUGGAGAUUCGCUCGGUCAGAUGAACUCACUAGACACUAUCGCAAACACACGGGUGCAAAGCCUUUUAAGUGUGUGCACUGUGAUCGCUGUUUCUCACGCUCUGAUCACUUGUCACUACACAUGAAGCGUCACUGAAUAAUCCUGAGGAAUGCUGCAGCUCAUAGUUGCUGAGGGUGUGAUGCACCCAGGACACUCUGCUUGGGGCACAGCACCAGCCGGCCCUGCCUCAGGUGCCUGGUGCACUAACAUAUGGAGUUAUCUCAAGACAGCUGACAAUACAGCUUACCUUAAGCAAUGAGCCCUCUUUAUGCUGUGCAACUUUAAUUUUUGUUUUAAAUAGGGAAAACUAUUUCCACUGUAUAUAGCACGAGUCCCUGAUGGCUACGGGUGUGGCUUUGUACAGGGGGGGUACUGUAAAAGUGUGACAAUAACACGGGUGCCCUCAUAAGGGUGUGGCACCCGUGGGCUUGCAGAGGGGAAUUGUAAUAUUCAGCUUUUUUACCCUACUUAGUAUGCCAAUUAAUAGCACCUAUAAUAAUGCAAAGAAUGCCUCUCCACUCUCAAAGGGCUAAAUACUUUUGUCUGAUUUUCUAUUAUUUUUAUCCAGAAUUAUUCAAUUGCCGUGGAUGAGUUUAAAAUCAGCCUUUUAUGCAUAAAGUUGGGAGGUGUUCUUUCUAUUUAGUUACCAUUACUGCACAUUAAUAAGGUUGCAGGGAGACACUGUGGCUCUUCUUACAUCCCUGAACCUCACACUGACAGGCCUUUUACUAGUCUCUCUUGCAGCUGUUCUAGUGCCGACUAGCGUGACUAAUCAUGAACGGUUACAGGGGAGACUACCCAUUUACUUAGAACAUGGAUUAAUCACCAAGCUUUUAACUAUAGCAAAUGCUCAUUUUAUCACCAAACAUUAAAGAAAAUGCUUGUUUCUAAAGCACCUAGUUUCAAUUAAUUGCCCUGUUUCCUAAGCCACAAGCACAUGGGUGAUUACAAGCCUGACAUUUACAGCCAUGCAACCAAAUCCUUUCUAGUCAUGAAUGCUAAAACCACUGAAAGUCUUACUGGUAUUCACUUGCUACUGUUUUAUAAAUUAGCUCUCAUUAGUAACUAUAAAAUAAGUCUCCAGCUUCUAAUAAGACCUAGUUAAGACCCCUGUGGGACCAAAAAGCUAAGAAGCCUAGGUGGGUAUUUACAGCAAUUUCAUUCUUAUAGUUAUGGUGACCAGGCACAUAUUAAUUUCUCCACUGUAAAGGCUAGGGUUUUUCCCAAAAAUGUGCAUACAAAUAUAGCUAAUUAAUUGUUUUUAAAGCUUCACAUACUAAAGAGUAUUUGUCAGGGAAAUGAAGGGUAAAUGAAGGCUGUAUUUCAGGGAUUUGCAGGAGUAAUGUGUAACUAAUGGGCCAUGUCUUGCAAAACCUGCAAGACAACAUGAAAAUUCAACUUUGAAUUGCUCCUUUUAAAGCAAUUUCAGGUUGUUGCUUAACUUGUUAGAAUGUAUUUUGAAGUGUUUAUUCAAUAUUUGUUUUCCUGAAAAAAAAUAGCAAGAUCUUUAAGAAAAGAAGCUGUUUUGUCUGGGCUGUAUUUGAGAGGCGCAGUCCAUGUACAUUGGGGUUAAAGGGCUUUCAAUACCAGGUUUUCUAAUCAUGUAAAUGGAUUACGCUGUAGCAAGUGUUAUAGAAAUGAAAGGCCUAGUUUAGACGCUGUUUGAUGGGAAGAUCAGCAUCUAGACUGCCUAAGUGGCACAUUUUGUAAUUCCUGCUAGACUGUUCCCCAAUGUAGUUCAUAGCUGAUUGUGCAAAUGGAAGUGCUUUGACAGGUUAUGGUAGUGAUUUUCACUUUUUAUUUAGUUCCAGUGAUUUAUGUAUUACUUAUCCACAGCUAAGAAAAUAUCAAUUAUUGAAGGAUCAUAUCUAAAUAAAAAGGAAUUAAGAACUGAAAA